CUUUAUAUAAUUCUAUAUUUUAAUUCCAAAUAAUGCUGCUUGAAUUUCUUAAGCUUUUACUUUUGUUGCCACAUACUUAUUUUUUGCUGUUAAUACGAGAUGGGAGUGAGCUCUUAGCUUCAGCACUUUCUUCAGGUAUGCUUUUUCAUUAAAUACUGGAACCUGCCUUGGAGCAUGUUUCAACUCUUGUCCUAACAGUGUCUGAGUAAUAACAAACGUCAUGGAGAUGGUGGCACUCCCCAUGGAGUGCAGAGCCCUCAUCCCUUCCAUUACAGCUUCUCAGCUUUUUUUGCUUGCUUAAAAAGCUGCAUCAGUAGAGUAUUUUUUUUUUUAAAGUGGAAGUACAUGGUUUGUGGAAUUUAGAAAUACUUCUUUUCUGAUUGCACUUCUGUCAUUGUUACCAGGAAUCCUCCCUCCAUCUUAGUUUGUCAAUUGGGGAUUUACACAGCCAUUCUGUUUCUUUUUCUUGGAAUCCCCAGUUGUGGAUUUCUUCCUUCUUAUUUUUCUGUUUGCAAAUUCACCUUUUUAAGAUCUGUGUAGCUUUAAUUUGAGUCCUUAGCUGUUCAGAGUCUUGCUGCUUUGGUUUUACUUCCUGUAGAGAAAGAGGCAACAUUUCUGUUCUUCAGCCUUUGAAGUCUGGAACCUUUAUAAAAAGUGGCCCUGUAGGAAUUCACCCCCCCACACCUUUUUGCUUGCAAAAAGGUUUGUUUCACUCUGUUACUUGUUUGCAAACAAUUAUUGGCAAACUGUUAAAUGCACCCUGGGUCACAUUUAUAAAUGCAAAGUGUUAAUCGGCCAUUUCGUCUGGCACACCAGCAUCAGUUAGUUUAUAACCUUUAAUACGUGUGCAAACACACUGAAAUAUGCCUCCUGUCCUAGGUAUUAAACUGAUGUGGUUUGAUAUUAAGGUGUUAAAUGGAGAGCUGAUACACCAAAACAGCUUAGUGGGGAUCAGGGCAGUUCUAAGACAAAUAUCAUAUAAAUAGUUUAAAUACAAUGCUUUAAAAGUCUGUGCUUCAGUAAAAGGCACUUCCGCCUCUAACGCCUUUUCCCCUUACUAUGAAAAAAAACCUGGUGCUGAUGCUACAGUAUUAUUGCCCUUAGUGUUCCUGCGUGUAGGAAGCAAGAGAACUUUGGCAGACAUUUAACUGGAUCCUCGGGAGCCAGAGGAACUGCAUAUCCAGAACUCCUGUGGUCCCAGCCCACGUGUUCUGUGUGUGUGGUACCCGGAAUGCGGUCAGAGUGAAUCCACGGAGGAAAGCAGGAUUGCCAGCAGGGAGUAGGCUGUGUCUGGUUUGUGAAAAAUUGUAAAGUCAGCUGAAUGUGGUAUUUUGGGAGAUGGCAGCAUGUUGCACACAUGGUGUGGUGGAAGGGCUUUGCUGAUCCCUUACUGCAGAUACCCAACUUUGAACAGUAAAACCACGCUUUCUCCUGGGAUGGUUUGUUGUGCUGGGAGAUGGGGUGGGUGUUUCAGCACGCUGCCAUGCAGCGUGGCUCUUCCACAGAAGGUGCAUCCAGGUACAGAAGCUCCUGGAGCCGUGUUUUCAGCCCUGUUACUGCAGUUGUCAAGCCAGCCACAGCGAAUGAAACAAACUGUUCCAGUAAAAGCAUAGUGUUGUUGCCAUAACUGUGCUUGCACGAAGAAGAUGCUGUUGGCCAGAGAUUGCCAUCUUCCCCUUCUUGAAGGACACUUGUGCAAGCCCGUCGUGUAGAUGCAGCAAAGCAGCCUGCAGCCCACGCCGGGUCCCAAGGUGUGAAGGGUGCAUUGAAUAAGUCGCCCCAGCCGCUGCCUCUGGGGUGAGUGCCAGAGGUGGAGGUCUUGCUGUCCUCAAAUAGAAAUGUUGUGAUGGAAAAGCAUGUUUGUUUUCUCAUUAACUUGAGGUCUGCACUCAUGAGAGCUAUCGGUUGUUGUUUUUCCUAGAUCUUCAUGUGAAUUAGAGGAACAAAGGUGGGCUUUUUGGGAGGACAGGGCUUUGGGGGCAGAAACUAGCCCUCCGUGGAGCUUUACCAUGGAUUUGGGGAUACAGUGUUCUGAGGCCUGUCAGCUGGGGCCGCAGCAGUGUCCAGGAACCUCUGGUCCAGCCUAGUUUUGCCUGCACUGGUACGUGUGGAGGGUGAAUGGUGGGCAUCCUUUCUGAGGGGGUGUUAGAUGGAGCGGGUUGUGGAGAGCACUGUUCCUCAGCACGCUUGGCCGCCCGUCUCCCCUCUCCCCCUCCUGUGGCCAUCCUCUUGGCUCAAAGUGUUCUUGCAAAAAUACAUCUGAAAUAACUUUUGGUUCCUCUGGUGGGAUUGGAGAAGGAGAGAAAAAGGUCUAAUGGCUUACGGGUUUUUCUCUUUCCAUAUUAAUCAUGAUGAUAUCAAGCCUGUUUUUAAAGGACUUAUUGUAUAGAUUAAAAUUUUAUAUCAUCCCACAUAGCCUUAUAGAAUAUGUAAAUAUGGGUCACAUAAUAAAUAUAUUGUGCUACAGAAAAUAUUUUGCACUACGUAGUUUCCUAAGUAAUAAAGAUAUUCUGGCUGUUGUGUAUUGUACUGUACAAUUCCCAUUCAAGUUUAGCUUUACCAGAUACUAAGAAAAAAACCUAUUUUCUAACACUAUACUGUAAGCAUUUCUCAAAGGGAUUUAAGAGGCUGACAGCAAAAGGAAAUUGAGUUCUGUUAGGAAGACAAAUCAAUGAGAUCUAGUGCCCCUUCUGUCACGUUUUUGCAAUUGCCUUAUCAAUGUGCAAGCUCUGUGAGUUUGGGAAAGGAACAUUCACAGGCACUGCAGCAACUACAGAGCUAAGUGGAAUGGGGACGCUGGCAAGGAACGGACUGGUAAGAAAAAUGCUGUAUUUCUCAUCUGUUGAAAACAGAUGCUAUUGCGUUUGGCAAAAGAGACAAUCCAUUCCAUGCUCUCCUUUGAGUCCCCCUUCUGUACAGAAGUGAUUAUCUAUUUCACAGCCAAGCAGUUUCAUAUUCAAAGAAAAGAUGCAAAUGCAAAAAGGAACUGCAAUAAAAACGGACUAUAUCAAACCGCUUUCCAUGCCAGGGUCUUUGUAGGUACCGAAUGUUGUUUGACUAGUGACAGCAAAUGCUACUACUGAGCUGCACUGCACUGCCAGUUGCACAUCAUGUUUAGCGUUGCAUUGCUAAGACCCUUAUCCCACCCCCCUCGACUCACGCUUGUCAGAGCUGUGCAGCAUCGCACAGGCGGGCUCCGACAGGGAAGGCAAAUCUCCUUUGGAGGUGAUUUGUCUCGUCCGUCAUCAGAAGCGGCAGCAGCGGGCAGCAGUGAAAAAGAGUCUGUUGGAGCGCAGUGCUAUGCCAGACCCUGUGUGGAUCGUCUCUGUUGUACUGUGCUUGGUGCAUCCCCCCCGGGGGCUGAGCCUCCCCAGGAAAGCCACCCGCUUGGCCGUACAUAGGUGAUGGGAUGGGGAUGAAGAGCCUUGCCAUAAACAGCUCUAAUGUGUGGUAUGAUACAGCAAACUGCAGCAGAGAGCUCCAUCUGGGUGCUGUCGUGGACGGGACGAUUUUCCGGCCAUCUGCCAAUUAGGCAAACUUCAAGUUUGUCUAGCCUGGCCAAGUGGAGUAGCUUUUUGGCAAUUUUGGUAAAUGUUUCAUGUGUGGUUCUUAGUUUCAAGAUGAGAUGCUAUCCUGGUUUCGGCUGGGAUAGAGUUAAUUUUCUUCCUAGUAGCUGGUACAGUGUUAUGUCUUGGGUUCAGUAUGAGAAGAAUGUUGAUAACACACUGAUGUUUUCAGUUGUUGCUCAGUAGUGUUUAGACCAAGUCAAGGAUUUUUCAGCUUCUCAUGCCCAGCCAGCGAGAAGGCUGGAGGGGCACAAGAAGUUGGGAGGGGACACAGCCGGGACAGCUGACCCAAACUGGCCAAAGGGCUAUUCCAUACCAUGUGACAUCAUGCCCAGUAUAUAAACUGGGGGGAGUUGGCCUGGGGUGGGGAUCGCUGCUCGGGAGCUAACUGGGCAUCAGUUGGCAAGUGGUGAGCGAUUGCAUUGUGCAUCACUUGUUUUGUGUGUUCCAGUCCUUUUAUUAUCAUUGUCAUUUUAUGAUUGUUGUUGCUAUCGUUACUGGUUUCUUCCUUUCUGUUCUGUUGGCCCGUUCUUGUCUCAAGCCAUGAGUUUUAUCUUUUUCCUUCCGAUUCUCUCCCACUGGGUGGGGGGGGAGUGAGCGAGCGGCUGCGUGGUGCUCGGUUACUGGCUGGGGUUAAACCAUGACAGACAUGCUCAGAGCAGGUACAAAACCCUGCAAGAGCAGCAGUAAAUGGAGAUGUGUGCAGUUGAACGUAGCUUAGUGUUCCCUGAAGAAGAGGGAAUUGGGCCCACUACCAGCAAAGUAAAACGCUCUCAGCUUGGCAUCUGGUGUGGAAAGGCUGCGCUUUCCCCCUGUUAGAUUCUGCUUUACCUGCAAAGAUGGAUGAAUCCGUGUACGAGGCACUCGGCUCCCAAAAGACCCUGUUACACGCCCCAGGGCAGCGUGCAUGCAGGCGUGCUCCCGGCAGACGUGCAGGGUGGGCAGAUGGACCGGGGUGCAAAGAAGGAAAAGGGGCUGGAUGCAGAUGACCCCCACCAGGAAGGUUAAAGCUGAAGGAAGAACCCAAAUCUUGAGUGCCAGCCCUGCUCUCUGGUACCAGCUGUCCCCAGCUUCCCUGCCGUGCUUCCAGCAGAGCUCCCAGGAGCUGACACCGACCCCACGUCCCGUCUUGCGUUCGAGCCCAAACAAGCUGUAAAUAUUUUGCACGGUUUUUUUUGCUUUGCGCUGGGCUUGGUUUCUAGGCUAAACCCUCCUGUUAACUGCUGAUGGGAGAGUUUUCCAGAGAAGCUGGCAAGAAGCAGCGUGAACGUGCUGAUGUGAAUUUCAACGUUAAUCUUCUGUAAAUCGAGUGGCACAUUUUUAAGGGACGGCCGGGAGAAAUCUGAAUAACGUUUCCAUAGCACGCUGCGAGCCCGCGCUAUUGAGAUGAAAUCUCAUGGAUGGAAUUCAGUAGACGCAGCUGCUGUAUCAGCGUCCAAAUAAUGUGCUGUUCUGUUCAGAAGCAACCCAUAAAUAGCAGGGCCGCCUGCGCCGGCCGGCAGAGCGGAACCACGCCGGGAGAGGUAGCGGCGGCACUGCUUGGACUGGAAGGGGCUUUAAAAAAGAAUUAGCAUGUCUGAGUCGAGGUCUCGCUAUAGCGAAUGUUUUGCUAAUGCUUGGCGAGAAGUGAUGCUGCAGGGUUUUGAUUAAGGACGCCGGUCAAACUCGGUUUCUUUUAUUAGUUUACUAUUAACCUCUCGACAACCCCUUGCGUUAGCAUGGCGAGAGCAGGCGGGGGAGGCGUGUUCGGCUGGGGUUUCCUAUUCGAAUAGGAACUUUGUGAGGUGUUCCUGGAGAGUGAGGAGGGGGCUCUUGCUGCUGUCCUACCAGCCAACUGCCUGGGGGUCUGAUGCCCCCCUGGGACGCUGGGCUGUGGGAGAAAGGGGGAGCCGCCAGAUUUACAUUAGUGGGGAAAGAUGUCAGCAGCUGGAAGCUGCAACCUGGCAAAUUCCUGCCGGAAGCAAAGGACAGGCUUUUAGACACGAAUUUAAUGAGCAACUGGGGGAACUGGCCAGGGUCAGAGAGGGAUCCUGUGUCACUUGGAAGAUGGCUUGGUUCCGUCAUGGGCUCUCUGGCCCCACGGUGAUGCCCGGGUGAGGAUGCAGGGCCCAUGUGCAGGAGGGAGAGGACGAUGGGUAACAGAGUGCUUCCGUUUAGCCUGGACAUCCCUGGGGAUUUACAGCUGCUGCAUUCGGGUGGAACUGUGUUAACUUUUGCUACCUGUUCCCAUGCCAGCUUCAUCUUUUCUAUUUUAUUAAGCACUUCAUAAUUUAAAGGCUGAUACCUCACAUAAAAGUGAUGCUGUUUUAACCUCUUACAGUUUGGGUUUUCCAGGCACAAUGACUGAGCAGCAAAGUCCCCCCGAGCAGAUGGCGACUGGGGAGGGUGCUGGCGAGCGAGGUGGCAAUUACAAGAUCACGAUCUACGAGCUGGAGAAUUUCCAGGGGAAGAAGUGUGAGCUGACAGAGGAGCUCCCUAACAUCACCGAGAAAGAGCUGGAGAAGGUGGGCUCCAUCCAGGUGGAGUCUGGCCCGUGGCUGGGCUUCGAGCGGCAAGCCUUCGCCGGCGAGCAGUUUGUGCUGGAGAAGGGGGACUACCCGCGCUGGGACUCCUGGUCCAACAGCCAUAACAGCGACAGCCUGAUGUCCAUCCGUCCCCUCCAGAUCGACAGCCCUGACCACAAGAUCCACCUCUUUGAGAACGCGGGCUACACCGGGCGGAAGAUGGAGAUCGUGGAUGAUGACGUCCCCAGCCUCUGGGCCCACGGCUUCCAGGACCGCGUGGCCAGCGUCAGGGCCCUGAAUGGAACGUGGGUGGGCUACGAGUACCCGGGGUACCGGGGCCGCCAGCACGUCUUCGAGAAAGGCGAGUACCGCCACUGGAAUGAGUGGGACGCCAACCAGCCCCUCAUCCAGUCCGUGCGCCGUGUGCGGGACCAGCAGUGGCACCAGCGGGGCUGCUUCGAGAACAGCUGAGGGAUGCCCCGGCCCCCCACUGCCCCCGCUGCCGCCCGUGCUGGGGACCGGCUGACGUGAUGCCGCCGGCUGAUGCCGUGACGUUGGUGUUUUUUUGUGCAAAAACCUUAAUAAAGCUCUGAGCUGGAGGCUGCUGGGGGCCUGCCCGGUCCUGGGCUGGGGUCAUGCUUG